AUGCACCUCUCAACCCUCCUCACGACUCUCACGACCCUCGGCCUAGCCACUCUCACCUCCGCCGCCGCCCUCGACACCACUACUUCUGCUUCCACAGGCUGCACCAACUCCGGGCUAUCCAGCACCUGUUCCGCGUCCACCACCGCCACCGCCACGUCCGCAUCCGACUCGAAUGGCCCCGAAAGCAUCGAAGAAUACAUCAAAGCAAAACAAGCCCAAAUCGCCACGGAAAACAGCAACAACAACUCGACCAUGGCAUACAAUAUUACAUCCGCCAGGCAUGUCAAGGGAAUGAAUGCCUACGAAGUGCCCAUGUGCUGUGUGAGCGGGUGCAGAGUUUGUUCGGCGAUGAUCUGUGGGAAGGGGCCUUCGGGGUGCAAUGAGUGGCCUUUCUACUCGUGCUGCUCGACGAUCAUCCUCUGGGAUACGGAAAAGAAUGUGAUGCUGGAUACAUUUACUACAGAGGGGCAGACGGUUGAGUUUCAGUACGAUUGA